UUCAGAGUCAUCUCCAUCUUCUAGCCCUGCAUGGGUUCAUGUGACUUUCACUUCACCACAACAACUUUCCCCAGACAUACUAGGAGGAGGGAGGCUCAACAAGUGGUCCUCCAAGCAUCUGUCAGAAGAACAACGAUGCACUUAGUUUUCUUAUGGUAUGGAGUGGAUCUUUAAGAUAAUAGUGUGAAAAUUCUAAGUGGGGUUGGUGGUGUAGACUGUAGAAUAAUCACAUUUGCCAGGUCUCUUUGAGAUGGGCGUCGUUACAGUUGCUGAAUUGAAGCCUAGUAUUUCAGGGAAGAGGUCCUUUCGUCCAAAUUCAAGCAUAAGGCAUGCCACUGAAUGGCCAAUCUCUGAUGUCUCUAGCGACCUCACCAUUGAAGUUGGAACAUCAAGCUUUGCACUCCACAAGUUUCCUCUAGUUUCUAGAAGUGGAAAAAUUCGGAAACUGUUGUUAGAAGCAAAGGAUUCAAAGGUUUCGCGGAUAAGUCUCCCAAUUGUGCCAGGUGGAGCGGAGGCGUUUGAGCUUGCUGCUAAGUUCUGCUAUGGAAUUAAUGUCGAGUUCACUCUCUCAAACAUCGCUAUGCUACGUUGUGUUGCCCUUUUUCUGGAAAUGACUGAAGAAUAUGCUGAGAAAAACUUGGAGACUCGAGCUGAAGCAUAUCUAAAGGAGACAGUGCUGCCAAACAUUUCAAGCUCAAUAUCUGUUCUUCAUCGUUGUGAAGUACUUUUGCCUAUAUCGGAAGAGAUCAACCUUGUUAGCAGGUUAAUCAAUGCAAUAGCAAAUAAUGCCUGCAAAGAGCAGCUCACCUCUGGCUUGCUAAAACUUGACCACAAUUUUCCUUCUAAAACCAUCUCAAGCAUGGAACCAGAAACACCCUCAGAUUGGUGGGGAAAAUCUCUCAAUGCUCUUAACCUCGAUUUCUUCCAACGAGUCCUUUCUGCAAUGAAAUCAAAGGGACUAAAACAGGACAUGAUCAGCAAGAUUCUGAUAAACUAUGCACAUAAUUCUCUUCAGGGGAUUAUUGUUAGGGACCCUAAAGUGGUGAAAGGAAGUUCAUUGGACUUGGAAUUGCAGAAGAAACAAAGGGUCAUUGUUGAAGCCAUAGUUGGUUUACUUCCAACUCAGUCAAGGAAGAGUCCAGUUCCGAUGGCAUUUCUAUCAAGUUUGCUGAAAGCUGCAAUAGCAGCAUCAGCAUCUACUUCUUGUAGGUCUGAUCUGGAGAGGAGGAUGGGUCUUCAACUUGAUCAGGCCAUUCUUGAAGACAUCCUAAUUCCUGCCACCUCAAGUUUGAAUUCCCACUGUACAAUGUAUGACACUGAUUCAAUUCUGAGGAUCUUUUCCAUUUUUCUAAACUUGGAUGAGGAAGACGAGGAUGAUAGUCACUUGAGAGAUGAGAGUGAGAUGGUAUAUGACUUUUAUAGCCCCGGAUCUCCAAAACAAAGCUCAAUUCUGAAGGUGUCCAAGUUGUUAGACAAUUAUCUUGCUGAAAUAGCAUUAGACUCAAAUUUAUUGCCGUCGAAGUUCAUAGCACUAGCAGAAUUACUCCCAGAUCAUGCGCGUAUUGUAAGCGAUGGACUCUAUAGAGCUGUUGAUAUCUUCCUAAAGGUUCAUCCAAACAUGAAAGACUCAGAGCGCUACCGGCUUUGCAAAACCAUUGACUGCCAAAAACUGUCCCAAGAAGCUUGCAGCCAUGCAGCUCAGAAUGAAAGGCUUCCAGUGCAAAUGGCAGUCCAAGUUUUGUACUUUGAGCAAAUAAGGCUAAGAAACGCCAUGAAUGGGGGACACAACCAGUUAUUCUUUGCAGGUUUCAAUGGUCAGUUUCCUCAACGUUCAGGAAGUGGUGCUGCAAGUGGAGCCAUUUCCCCAAGAGAUAACUAUGCAUCAGUGAGAAGAGAGAACAGAGAGCUGAAGCUUGAAGUUGCAAGAAUGAGAAUGAGACUGACUGACUUGGAGAAAGAUCACGUGUCCAUGAAGCAAGAGCUUGUGAGGUCUCAUCCUGCCAAUAAGCUAUUCAAGUCAUUUACAAAAAAGCUUAGCAAGCUCAAUGCGUUGUUUCGGAUGAACAAUAUUAAGCCGAUUGGAGCGAAAGCUAGCGCUGACAAUCGAUUUCCUUUUCAAAAGAGAAGGCGUCACUCAGUUUCAUGAUCAUGAAUGUAUAAUAUAAAUAUGUAUGUCAGAAUUGAUGUAUAGUAUGCGUAGCGUGAUUUCGUGUUUAUUUUCCA